AUGAGGAUUCCGUUACUACUGUACACAGUAUCUUUACUAGAUCUGUGUUACUGUAGAGAACCAAAUGGUCUCCGUAGAGAGGUUGUAGAUGUCUCAUUUGACAUCUCUUCUCCAAAUCCUUCCCUGGCUAGAGACUAUGAAAGUGCAGUGGAUGGAGUAGUUCACCACUCAUUCUUCUCUACUGGAUUGUUCUUCAGCAAGGUAGUAGAUGGUGGAGUCACUCUCUGGGAAGCUGAAGGAGAAGAGAGAUGCGAUGUACUAUUCUCGAAUGUUGGUGAUAGAACAAGAGUCAUUCUCCAUGUAUGGGUUAAGGGUUUACCAUCCAGGAUGAUGCACUAUGAGAAACUAGACGGGGAAUGGAAGCUGGUAACUAUAAGAGUUAAAGGCGUUCCAGAAUCAGAGGAACCAGUCUCUCCAAAGGAACAUGCUGAACUUAACUUUGCCAACCUCGGAUGCCCAUUGGGAGGAUCCUCAGGUUCAGAAGCUAAGCCAAAGGUCACUCUUCCUCCCACAGAAUCUAACAAUAAUGGUGAAGAUGCGAGUGAAAACAAGGUGGAAGGAGGUACUCCAGACGAUGAGGAAGAGUCCGGUGAAUCGCAACCUAAGGAAGUGGAUAAAGAGGAGCCUGACCAGCAGUCGAAUGAGUAUGCAGCUGGACCAGUUGCGGAUCCUCAAGAAUCUGGAGAUAUCCCACCUGAAAGUCCUGCAAAUGACUCUUCAUGUCAACCACAAACUGAAGAUACUGAACAGACUACCGUUUCUUCAAGUGACCCCGUAGAUCAGCAACCUAUAGAGUCUACUGGAUCCCAUUUACAUCCUGAUGAGGAAUCUGAUGUGACACCAUCUGAACCUGCUACUGAGACACUAGACCUUUCACAUCAUAAUGACUCCCAGAUAGACUUGAAAAAAGGCAACGUGUCUGGGUUAGACUACAACAUAUACUCUCCAAAGAAGGAUGUUAAGAUUACUUCUGUUGUUGACUCUGGAGAUAAUGCUAUAUGGACCGCUUCUGAAGAGGAUAAAUUUUUAUCUGCAAAAGUAUCAUCGAAUGGAGAAUCCUCACUAGCUAUGAUUUCUCUUAAAAAGGCUGCUAAUAAGUCUUUUGAUCAUCCUUCCUUAGAAAAGUAUAAGAGUAAAUUAGAGGAUCUAGAGAGUGAAGUGACUAAUCAACCUUCUCUAGAAUCUUCUCAAGAAUCUCAUAAUCCUACACACUCAGAAACUUCCUUGGCUUCCACUGUAGAAUCUCCUACUGAAGGGUCUUCAGAGACUCCUCAGUCAACUGGGAAAGUAGGUAUUCCUCCACCAUCAGAUCCAAAAACACUGGACCUUGCUUGUCUUAAGGAUUCCCGCUACAAGAUGGUUGAUGUCAAUAUUGAUGGAGUUCCUGCAAAACUUUACGCAAUUAACCAUUCUGCAAACAUUAAUACGGUAAUGAAUGGCAAGUAUACGUUACGUAAAGGCUGGUCUGGUGAUAAAUGCCAAUGCUGCAUAACCCUCCUCAAGGGAAAUGAAAUCAGUAUGAUCGUUGUUUUCAUAGGAACUUCAAGACAUCUCUUUUCAAACUAUUAUGAAUAUAGUGAAAGUGCUAAAACUUGGAUUCCAGUCAUGGGUGAAUGUGCAAAGAAGUUCAACGCUUUGAAAGUGUCUUCUGACCCAGCAAAGUUCACUCUGGAUCUAUCUUCUCUCGAGGAAGAUGAUAAGUUUAAGCUUGUAAAGGAAGAUCGGGAUGGUAUUGCCACUCUCUUUUAUUCCUCUAAACCUGGUCAUGCUAUAGAAAAGGUUGUAAGUGGGUCUGAGACAAUAUGGACUCCCACUGACGAUAAAGGUACUCGUAAAAUUCUAAUGUUGCAUGUAAAGAAGGAUGCAGAGACUUUUGUAUUUCCUUGUUUUGAAAAUACUGAUGCUAGUAUUGGCUUUGCUGUAGCUCACUCCUUUACCAAUAAUGGAUAUGCACAUUCCACCGUAAACCUACAUAAUUAUACAGAUGAGGACGAUGAUAACAAAAAGGGAGAUAAAAGAGGUUCGUAUGAGGGAGGUUUGGUCUUUGAACCCAUUUCUGGUCUCUACGACAACUUUGUCCUUCUUCUCGAUUUCAACUCGCUAUACCCCUCCAUUAUUCAAGAAUUCAACAUUUGCUUUACAACUGCAGUAAUCGAAGAGGAGGGUGAAGGUGAACCAAAGGUUGAAAUUCUAAAUGACGUUACUGGGAUGUUGCCACAAAUUCUGAGACGCCUAGUCGAUCUUCGUUUCUCUGUAAAGAGUGUCUUGGCAUCGGAAAAGAAUGAAGCUAGAAGGAUACAGCUAGGAGUUAGGCAGCUUGCCCUAAAGUUGGCUGCAAACUCGCUCUAUGGGUGCCUCGGUAGUGUCUAUUCUCGAUUCCAUGCCAAACAUCUUGCCGCAUACAUUACACAUCAAGGACGUACUGUGCUUAGAUCAACCAAGGAAAAGGUAGAAAAUAGUUUUAAUCUACAAGUCAUUUACGGUGAUACUGAUUCGCUUAUGAUCAAUACGAACAUUAAAGAUGAUGGGCAACUGGUCAAUUUUGAAGCUGCAAAUAACCUCGCCAAGACCAUCAUCAGUACCGUAAACAAGGGACACAAGAAGCUAGAAAUCGGUAUUGACGCCAUAUUCAACAGAUUGUUGCUUUUAAAAAAGAAAAAAUACGCCGCUCUCAAGGUUAAUGACUACUCCGAGCAAAACUUUUCACGUGAAAUCAAGGGUCUUGAUUUUAUCAGAAGGGAUUGGUCUCUUUUGACCAAGGAAGUCGGCAAUGUUCUUCUGUCAAUAAUUCUAAAUGCAAACUACGGCUCAGGUGUAGAUGGAAUCGUGGAACAGAUCCAUGAAACCCUCAGGGAUGUUAACCAGAGGAUUAAAGACGGGCAGAUACCAACAAAGAGUUGGCUGAUUACUAGGCAGUUGACCAAAAAUCCAAAGGAAUAUGCGGACGUUCAUAACUUGCCUCAUGUAUCAGUUGCGCUUAGACUGAACGAAAAGGGUCUCACGAAUUAUAGCGCGGGUCAUGAAGUCUCCUUCAUCAUCUGUUCCAAGGAGUCCAUAGCUGAAAUUGUAAAGGGGGACACCAAGAGUCUUUCUUCAAGAGCAUUCGCUCUCUCGGAAGUCGAGGAACUUGGUCUCUCUCCAGACAUUAGUUACUACAAGACUCAGCAGUUGUUCCCGCCAAUUCUGAGACUUUGUGGUUUAAUCGAGGGUACAGAUGCACAGAGGCUUGCCAAGUGUCUAGAACUCGAGUCCAGUGCGAGUCUCAACGUGAUUGCGUCAGGGACAAAUUCGUUCGAAUUUGCUGAGCAGGAAUCUAGAGCUUUGGCUCUCAUAAAACGCACUGAAGAGCAUUAUAAGGAAGUGGAAUUGAUGACGAGACUGGUCUGUCAGGUCUGCAACGGAUUCGUCUUCCCGAGCUUCUUCCUCAAGUACCUUAAAUGCAACCACUGCAAGAGCUGGAUGCCAAUACAUUUGCUGAAAAAUUGGAUCGAUAGGGCCCUGUACGAGGUUGCUCUGCAGGCCUGCUUCUGCAUCAGAAUCUGCAACAUUUGUAACACAACUACUCUAAACGUCUGCCUGGGAGCUCAGGACGUUUGUCCUCAACCGACUUGCCAGAGUUCUGACUCUAUGGAAGUGGUACUCACCUCAAGCAAAAUUUAUCUCUACUACGACUACCUCGUAUUCAUGCUUGAAGGGUCCCUUAAGGAUCCGGAAGAGGAUGAAGAUGUCGUAAACAGCCUUGUCAACGUAACUGUGGACUACGACGGAAAGAUGACCGUAUUGUACAAUAGCGAGCCAUUUAAGGAGGUUAAAAGAUUCGACAAUGUUCUCAAGGAAGUUGUUGAACAAAACACACUAAAGGCAACUUCUGGAUUGCGAGUAUACGCUCAGCACAUUUUGGGGAUUAUCGAAUCUCUCCCAUUCCUCCAAUACUACACUCUGGACUAUGCAAAGGAACGAGAACUUUUGUGUCAAAAGGUAAAGAUCCUGCAGCAAAAGCAUGCCUACAGUGUCAUUAAUCUUUGCGAUAUUUUCGGGGUCUUUAACAUUAGAAAAACCGCCGUUCACUGA